GCUUUGCGCCGCGUGCUCCUCGCGCGCGGGUCCCGCCGGUCGGGGGCCGCCCCUCCCGGCCCCGGGCGGCGGAAAGUAGGUCGGUCGGCGGCCCGCCCGGGGGGGGGCCUUUGUUCGCGGCCGGAGCGCGGCGCUGCCCCGCGCGGUGCCACGCGGUGCGAGGCGGAAAGCGGCCCCGAGCCCGCUGCCGGGCUUCGGCGCCGUCGGCUCCUUCGUCCUCUCCGCGUUCCGACCCGGCUCCGCUCUCAUCCUCGCGCGAGCGCGUGCGGCCGCGGGAUUUAAAGGGCUCUCCGCGGCGCCCCGGGCCGGCGUUGCGCGCCCGCUUCCGCGACCCCCGAGAGAAGCCGGGCGGUGCCGCGCCGAGCGCCCGCGGCGCGCGCGUGUCGGGCCGGCGGGGGUGCCGCGCACGGCCGCCGCCGCGGCGGAGGCUGAGCCGUGCGCUCGGGCGCGGACGCCACGUGCUCGGCGCCCGAGGUGGGGCUGUCAGCCCCGCACGGCGCACGUGCUGCGGAAAGCCCCUUGUCGGCGGGGCCGGCUCGCUGUGUGGUCCGCGAUUUUCUUAAAACUGAAGAGAUGACGCGAGCCCCGGAGCGGGCGCCGCGCCGGACGGCUUUGUGCCGGCGAGUCCUUGGGGGCAGCCGAGCGUUCCGGGCUGCGCGGUGAGCUGCAGCCGUGAGGGAUUCAGACGCGCCUCUGGGCUUGCGGCGCCGCGCUCCUGCAGGAAGCGGGCGGUGAGCUCCUCGGCCCGUGGGAAAAGUUCCUCCCUGCCCCUCUCCCAGCCGGGGGGGAUCUCUGGGAGCUCGUGGCCGUGUGCAGCUCUCCCUGUCAGAAGAAAGCACCGCUCGCUGCUGAGGAAGACGUUAAGAGUGCUGGAGCGUUCGCCCCGGCUACAUUAAACAGCGUUAGAGCUGCGACGGUUUGCUUUACUUGUGCAGAGCAACCGUGUCACUGAAGUGCUUUGCUCUGAUUCUCGACGCAGCUUCUCUUAAAUCCUCGGGGCGAGCCGUGCGUGCAGCUCCGCUUCUGAGCCCGCUGUGUCCUGGAGCUGCCCCUAUGGGACGGUCCAGAAGGAAGCAGCCCCUCGGCCCGGGCUGGGAGCGGUGGCUCAGCAGAACGUAGGGCUGGGACUCCAUUUCGUGAGCUUUCCUCAUCAGACGCGUUAACCUCUCAAGAGAAUAAAACCUGCUUAGUGUCUUGUGAUCCGAGCGUCCGUGAUGCUCUUCCAGCAGCAGGUGGUUGCUGGCAGCGCCUAACAGCUGCACUGCACCCGGAUAAGCAUCAGAGACAGAACUCAUGGAGCAGCUCAGGCUUUCCUCGCGGGGCUCCUGCUUAGGCUGAGCGUGGUUUUAGUUUUGCAAUAGGAGUUUCGGGGGGGGGAAGUCCUCUUUGGAAAUGGAAUGUCUGCAGGUGGGACAGGUUUGGGUUUUCUUUUCUCCUUAUGCAGAUCUUACUGAUUACUGUUUUCAUGCUUUGGCCUAUCCCUUCUGGAGCGGUAACCGCACAGCAGUGUGCAGGAACGCCCAAUCCCUCAGCCUUUCACUCUUUUUCUUUGUGUAAAUGGAUCAGGUUUGCGUUUCCCAUAGCAGAUCAGCAGGUCAGCGGGCUCCUCUGCAGCUUGGCUACCGACAGUUUCAGUCAGGGUGGCUGUGACCUAGCUUGAGUACUGUGGGAGUCUUAAACAAGGAAAAGCGAUGUCUGGUUUAAUUUCAGUGCGGCGUGGGAGUCUCUGCCAGUUGCGUCUGUUAUGCUGAGGUCUCACUGCUGCACGACGGUAGCUGCAGACAGGACGGCUGUAAGAGCUGCCUCACUGAUUUAGCUGAGCUUAUCAAGUUAGAGCUCUGCAGGGUGCUGCUUCGUCCUGGUGUGCCUGGAUUGUAGCAGUGGGCGAACGCCGCUUCGCUUCCAGUAAAGUUUUGGCCAGAGAGAGGAAGGGAAGCAGAGAGGGAAAAUAUGAGGAUAUAGGGGGCACAAACAGUACAGUAUGUGAAAUUCUAGGGUUCUGGUUGCUGGAAAUCUGUCGCUCUGGUUUGAGCUGUAAGGACAGAUGUCAGUGUUUCUAAAUAACAGAUUUCUGUAAAUGUGAUUUUUCUGUGGUCCGAUUUAUAACUUCUAUUCCUAAGUUUCUUUUUAGACCACGUAAACAGGGAGGUAUGUUUGCAUUGAGUCUGUGGUACAGUUCUGCUCCUCUGCUCUUCCGUCCUACAGCUGAUUUCCAGCAGAGAUACAGGAGAGAUACAGAGAUUCAGGAGAGAGACAGGCCUAGGAGUUAUUAGCUAGGCAGGCCCUUCCACUUCUGGCACCCCGUGCUGCUCUGGAAGUGUUACUCGUGUGUGUACAUGUGCCUGGGUGUAUGCACUUGCCAACACAGAAGCCAGAGUAUGUGUAGCCUUUCUGUAUUUCAAGGUGCUGGGAGCUUUGGGUUGCACAGAGAGUGAAUGAUCCAGACCAGAGCGAGGAGACGGGAGAAGAGAGAGGUGUGGAGCAGUCAGACUGGCGUCCCUUGGCUCUUCUGUAACGUGGCAGGCUACAGCUGGGACGAAAAGAUGUUUGGCUUUCACAAACCGAAGAUGUACCGGAGUAUAGAGGGCUGCUGUAUUUGCAGAGCCAAGUCUUCCAGCUCUCGUUUUACUGACAGUAAACGCUACGAAAAGGAUUUCCAGAACUGUUUUGGGCUCCACGAGGCCCGCUCAGGAGACAUUUGUAAUGCCUGUGUCCUUUUGGUGAAAAGAUGGAAAAAAUUGCCAGCAGGAUCCAAAAAAAACUGGAAUCACGUGGUAGAUGCCAGGGCCGGACCCAGUCUGAAAACAACACUGAAACCAAAGAAAAUGAAAACUCUCUCUGGAAGCAGAAUAAAGAGCAAUCAAAUCAGCAAGCUGCAAAAAGAAUUCAAGCGGCAUAACUCUGAUGCCCACAGCACCACUUCAAGUGCCUCCCCAGCUCAAUCUCCCUGCUACAGCAACCAGUCUGACGAGGGCUCUGACACAGAGAUGAGUGCUGGGUCCAGCAGAACACCGGUUUUUUCCUUUCUAGAUCUCACGUAUUGGAAAAGGCAAAAAGUCUGCUGUGGAAUUAUUUACAAAGGGCGUUUUGGGGAAGUCCUCAUAGACACUCAUCUCUUCAAACCUUGCUGUAGCAAUAAAAAGUCUGCCACUGAGAAGCCAGAACAAGAAGGACCACAAUCUCCAGCAAUCUCUACCCAAGAGGAGUGGUGACUUCCUUGGAGAGCUGCAGACAGUUACACAGAUCCUCUAUUCUCUGGAAAAAUACUAGAAAAGUGACUCUGUUCACAUUGGACACCUGCUAUGCUGCCAAAAGACUAUUCCCUAGAAUUGUUUUGGGUUUUACUGCUACAAUUCCACAAACUCUGAAGCUAGUUUGUAUCCUUUCAGAAAGACUGUACAUAAUAUUUAAGAUGCUAUGGAACACUUAGUGAAGCUGAAUGCUGCUGCAAGGUUGUCCCUCUUAUCUUUCCCUCCCACUCCCUUCACAAGUGAACUUGAGGAUGGGGUUUUGUAUAUUAAAGUGUAUGUAGUUCAUCUUUCUGUAUUGAAAGAAGCGGUGGAUGUAAGGGUUUUUAUUUUUUUAAGUUGGUUGGUAACCUCCCUUAAAUCCCCAAGAAAAUAUUUCAUUCUUUGACACGUAUGAGAUGAACUAAUACAUAUAAAUGUUGUCACCUCUCUGGUUGUAUAAAUAUAUAUAUUUUGAAGGUGUGGAGAUCUCACCCUAUACUACUGACUUUGUAAGAAAGACAGAUAUGUGACAGACUGUUGACUGCAGACAUCUCUACUGUAAGUGAUAGCUAUCUGAAAAAGCCUCCCAACAACAGAUACUCUUAGGGAAGGGGUAGGAGCACUUCCCUUCCCAGCUAAGAAGGGAGGAGGAGGAGGACUGGAGGACUUGCCUGAGAACUGAACACAGUGAAAUGGAUGGGGGACUCUUUUGUUGUUGUUUUUAACCUAGCAGCAGACCCUCUGGGCUUUGUGUAGAAACUGACCGGUGAUUAGAGGAGGACCAAGAAAACAACCCAAUGCCCAAGUUAGGUGUAGACGAUGGCCAAAACCAGAUAACUGCUAUAUCUCUUGGCCCAGUGCAGCUAAAAUGUGACCACAAAAAAAGACUUCUUGCUGGUUUCAGGCUUGACAUAGGACCAAGCCACUUGCUAAGCAAGUUAGGCUCAGGUCUGGGGACACAAUCUGAUUCCAACCUGUGGUUUGGAUUUACAGUGCUUGUUUUGGAGCCUCGCAGCUUCUCACCAGCAGAUCAAGGCUUUUGUAAAUACUGGACUUCUAUUAGGAUUGGUGCUGUGCUGAAUAGAGGCAGCUCUGUUUGCAUACGUGAUUUAAAGAUGCUGUUUCCUCCACAGAUUCCCAGCUGAACUUGUGUGCAAACCAGUGCGAUGUACCUUCAAACUCCACUUUGCCUUUAGGGUGAUAACAGCUUCCUGGAGGAGUGUGCUGCAGUUUUAGUUCCCUUUUGAUUCAUGUUCCUUUAUGAAGGUUUAAUUUGUGUAACUUGGGAAUUAUGCUUUCUUUGUUUGCUUUGGGGGGAGGGAAGGGAUUUUUCUUUUUACUCUUUCUGGGAUGUUCUGCAAUGGAUGCUACAAGCUUUCCUUGUUGUGUGAGUCAUCCGUAUAAAACUUUGGUGGGUAGGGCUUAGGACUGGAUUUUUGUGUAAUCUCACUUCCUGAAAUGGGAAUAGUUAGCAAAUGAAAAUAUAGGUAGGAAAGGAUAUGCAGGAUUUAAGAGGAGCCUCCAUCCUCAAAGCUGUUUUUUCCUUUCUCCCUUCUGUUGAGUAGUCCAGCCUCUGAGGAGAGGACAUCAGAAGAAGGCUUUGACUUAUCACAGCCUUACAUCUUAUAGCUUUCAUUGCUCUCUUAUUGUGUUGUUUCUUUUCUAAGCUCCCUGAGAUUCUGAAGGGGAGACAAAGCUAUAUGCCUUGCUUUUCAUCUGCAACCAAAUGAGUGGAUACCUGUAUAACUGCCUAACGAGGUUGGUCAUGUCUGAUAAGGGCUUGAGCAAGAGUACUGGCUAUUUUUGCAGACACCUGCCUUUAUUGGAGUUCGUUUUCAGCAUCAGUAAUUCUGUACACCUGAGGCUGCAGUACUGAUGAUAGGUUGUGCUCUGAUACGGAUCAUCUCUUCUUCUGUAUUUAUUUAUUUAUUGCUAGAUUUCAACUGCCAACUGCUUCCCCCACUCCCUCCCACCUGUUCCAUUCCUGGUAGUAAUGCAGAAUGAACUGUAUGUAGUCAUGCACUUUGUAUUAAUGUAUUAGAAAUCUAUGGAACCUGUUUUGUACUUUUAUACUGUUCAGACACUUGUAAUCCAAACUUUUUUUACUAGGGUAAUGAAUAAAUUUAGACUUAUUUAGAAAA